AUUAAUUAUUCUAGGGUUACAAUCAAGCUCCAGAAGUUUGAAAUUUUAUACUCUGUUAUAUCUUCCGUAACUUGAUUUCAAUUUCACAGAAGAAAAUGACGCAGGAUGUUGAGAUGAAAGAGCAGCAGGCUCCUUCAAAUUCCACUUCAUCUACUGUUUCUGUUUUGCAGCAUUUGAAGGAAAUUGCGGCAUUGAUUGAGACCGGAGCUUAUGCUCGCGAAGUUCGUCGGAUUUUGAGGGCUGUUAGGCUGACAAUUGCAUUGAGGAGGAAGUUGAAGGCUUCGGUGAUUUCUUCGUUCCUUGGUUUCGCUCUUGCACCUGGAUCGGAAGCGCACCAACGGCUAUCUUCAUAUCUCCCAAAGGAUGAUGAUCAAAACGAUAUGGAAGUUGAUACUGCAUCGUCUGCUACUCAAACAACUGUGAAGCAUUCCCCAGAGCUGGAGAUCUACUGUUAUUUGCUUGUGCUCAUUUUCCUGAUUGACCAGGAAAAAUAUAAUGAGGCUAAGGCUUGUUCCUCAGCAAGCAUCACCCGUUUAAAGAAUUUGAACAGGAGAACAGUUGAUGUUCUGGCUUCCCGGCUCUACUUCUUUUACUCUCUUAGUUAUGAACUCACUGACGAACUAUCUGACAUCAGGGGCAAUCUUCUUGCUUUGCACCGGGUUGCUACGUUGCGUCAUGAUGAGUUGGGGCAGGAAACGCUUCUCAACCUGCUACUUCGCAAUUAUCUUCAUUACAAUUUGUAUGAUCAAGCUGAAAAGCUCAGGUCUAAGGCACCACGCUUUGAAGCCCAUUCAAAUCAGCAGUUUUGCCGGUACUUGUUUUACCUUGGGAAGAUUAGGACAAUUCAGCUGGAGUACACUGAUGCAAAAGAAUCCCUUCUUCAAGCUGCUCGUAAAGCCCCUGUAGCCGCUCUUGGUUUUAGAGUUCAAUGCAAUAAGUGGGCUGUGAUUGUGCGCUUACUUCUUGGAGAGAUCCCGGAGCGAACCGUUUUUAUGCAAAAAGGAAUGGAGAAGGCCUUGAGACCAUACUUUGAGCUCACAAACGCUGUUAGAAUUGGAGAUCUAGAGUUGUUCAAAAACGUAGCAGAGAAAUUCGCCACCACUUUCAGCUCAGACCGGACCAACAACUUGAUCGUGAGACUACGCCACAAUGUCAUAAGAACCGGGCUCCGCAACAUCAGCAUCUCAUACUCCCGUAUCUCUCUUGCUGACGUGGCAAAGAAGCUGAGACUGGACUCACCAAACCCUGUGGCAGAUGCCGAGAGCAUCGUCUCAAAAGCAAUCCGUGAUGGUGCAAUAGACGCGACACUAGAUCAUGCAAACGGUUGGAUGGUGUCUAAAGAAACCGGUGACAUUUAUUCCACAAACGAGCCUCAACAAGCCUUCAAUUCUAGGAUCGCUUUCUGUCUAAAUAUGCAUAAUGAGGCGGUUCGUGCCCUUCGGUUCCCUCCCAACUCCCAUAAGGAAAAGGAGAGUGCUGAAAAGAGGAGAGAGAGACAACAACAAGAGCAAGAGCUUGCAAAACAUAUCGCUGAGGAAGACGAUGAUGAUUUUUGAUUGUUGCAAUCAUUAAGGUAAUCACUUCAUCUUAUUAUCAAAUUAAUCACUGUUUGUUUCAAUAUGUUAAAAUUACAAUCUGGGAUUUAUAAAAAAGAUCAGCCUGUUUUGUUGUGGAUUUA